GAAAUGGAGUUCAGGGCGUUGCGUCUGCUGACCCUCCUGGGACUCUUGUUUGUGGAGCCGGGGUUUGGACAGAGAGGCGACAUGGACGUUGGCGAGUGGCUGAGAGAGAAAGCGGAAUUAUUAAAUGCCUUUGGGGACAAGCUUAAAGACGUCAGAGCUCUGGAGGCGAGGCUCAACGCCACCGUCGACCAGCUGACGGGACAGAAAGCUGAAGUGGACAGACUGAGGGAAGAGAAUGAAGGCCUGAAAACGAGACUAAGUGCCACAGAGGAGGAGAUCGAUACGCUGAAACAGAGUAACGCUAACGGCGCCCCUCGGGUCGCGUUCUCGGCCUCUUUGGCAGACUUCGGGGAGAUCUACAAAGGACCGUGCACGGACAAGACCCUGAUCUACAAACGGGUCUUCUCAAACACCGGCGAUGGUUAUGACCAAAGUACAGGCGUCUUCACAGCGCCCGUGUGCGGCCUCUACUUCUUCAGCUUCAGCACCUACGGCUACAACACCCACGUCACGGGGGCCAUCUUGAUGAAAAACGGCGCGCGCCAAGUCUCGACCUACGACGGCCUCGCGGCCGACGGCUCGGACGGCGCCGGCAACGCCGUCGCUCUGCAACUGGUCGCCGGCGACGCGGUGCACAUGGAGCUGUGGGACGGCGGCAGGGUGUUCGACAACUUGAACGGACACACGACCUUCAGCGGGUUUCUUGUCUUCCCUGCGUGAACGAAUAGAUUUGGAUUGAAGGGAAAAAGUCCCAAAUCAAAAAAUAAGAAUACGUGUUAAUUGAGAA